AUAAGAGAUGGAUGGCGGAUGAGAGGCUCACACAGAACAGACACUGACUGAUCACUGAGUUUGUUGAACUACUCACUGCGGGGACUACUUCACAUCACAGAGAAACAUGGGACUCCUGAGCGUUGAAGAACUGGUCACUAGUAAGAGGUCUGAGGGCCAGGAAACUGAUGGGUUUUUAGGGGGUGUAUAUGAAGCCGCUGUUAAUCAAGAAAAGCAUGAUGACAGAAGAUCCCACAAAGAGCUGUCUCCUCCUGAACAGAGUAACCAUGUGCCGGAGGAAGUGUCCGUCAUUGCCCUCAAUGUUGACAAAGCAGGCAGACUGAAGCUGGAGACAGUGGAUGACCUCUUCAACAUCAUGAAACUGAGGAAGAGGAGGAGGGAAAGGAAGAUGCCUGUAUACAAGGAGCCUGAGCCAGAGAUCAUUCCCGAAACUGUGGAUCAGGAAAUGUUUCUGAAAGCAGCAAUGGAGAACAAGCUCCCUGUGGUGGAGAAGUACCUGUCAGAUAGAGGAGACCCCAACGUCAGUGAUCAUUUCCAGAGAACAGCGUUGCAUAAAGCCUCAUCUAAGGGACAUGUGGAGAUUGUCAAGAUACUGCUUGAGGCUGGAGCUUCCAUCGAGAACAAAGACAAACUGGAUGCCACAGCAGUUCACUGGGCCUGCCGAGGGGGCAGCCUGCCUGCUCUGGAGAUUCUGCUCAACCUAGGAGCCAAGAUCAACUCCAGAGACAAGUUGAGAAGCACUCCUCUUCAUGUUGCUGUGAGGACUGGUCACCACGAAUGUGCAGAGCACCUUAUCCACUGUGGAGCCGACGUCAAUGCCAAAGACAGGGAUGGAGACACACCCAUGCACGAUGCUGUGAGGAUAAAUAGGUUCAAAAUGAUCAGGCUGCUGAUGAUGUAUGGAGCCAGUCUUAAAACUAAGAAUAGUGAUGGAAAGACCCCUAUGGACAGUGUUCUUGCUUGGCAGAGUGGAGCCAAAAACCUCCUGUGUAACUUCAGUGAAAGUAAAUCUGCCCAGUAGAUUGGUUAAUUCAGCUUAUUCAUUUUAUUGCUCAUUGAUCAAUAAUGUGAAGUCCUAUCAGAAUGUCAUUAAUAGAUUAUUUCUUUUUUAUUUGAUUUUUUUGAGCUGCCAAUAUUGCUGGCCAAUGUCAAGGCUGACACUGUACUUCUGCACAUUUUAAUGAUCUGUUGGCUACCAAGAUGGAAUUUAGUAUGUUUAGGACUGAGCAAGGAAGGAACGACAACAUUAUACUUUGGGAUACCUUUAACCAAGUAAAAUGAUCCUAGAAAGUGCUAACAUAUGCUGCUGUGGAUGAUGGUGUGUUCGCUUUAAGUGAAGCUGGUUUAAAUUUCCAUCUAUACUAUAUAAGCACACUUGGGUAAGGAUUUAAAUAUGAUGGAACUGAAUGUUGGUUGACGAGUUAAAAGAAUGAAUACCGAAUCUGUUGAUUUGUGUGUGAGACAUUUGAUAAGUGACAAUGCAACUGAAUGUAAAGUUUAUUUGUACAAUUUACAUGUUAUUUAUUGUUUGUUUAAGUCAAAACAGUAUGUAUAUAUAAAGUAACAAUGUUGAAUUCUAAUACUUUUAGACCCUUUAUUUGGGUAGAAUAAUGUUUGUUUGUGUAUUGUUUCUGGUGGGUGUGUGUAAAAAAUAAAACUUUAUUUAAAAACAA